AUGGUAGAACCCAUCAACUGAAGCAGCAUUUUAGCUUUAUUUUCUUUCCUUUCUACCUUAAGCUGUAUCAGUUUUAUUUAUCUUUACCUCAAACUAAAAUCUUUCAACGCAAACAUCAUCCCCCAAGAUGAAUAUCCAAAAGAAAUCUCCCCAUCCUUACCACUUCCUAAAUUUCCUAACUAUUUCAUCUCUCUUAUAGGAUCAGGCUCUCAAUUUUUACUAUUAACCUAUUUUUUAUCAAUUCUCCUUGCAACUAUCUCAGUUUCAUCAAAAUUUUUAAUCGUAGCAGGGCUUUUAUUUUUUAUGAUUUCUUGCUUCAUAUCAGGCUACAUUUCAGGAUCUUUUCAGCAAUAUUUAAACCAAAAAAACUGGUUGCAAAACAUUAUAUUUUCAUCAGCUAAUUUUUAUGGUACUUCUAUUUUACUUGUCAGCUUGCUAAGCUUAAUUUCAUCAAAUUUACCGUCUAUAUCAAGACUGAUCCUUUUAUUAGUCCUUUUAAUGAUUAUUUCUAUGCCUAUAACGUUUUAUGGACAAAUUUAUGGAAAAAAUUAUACAAAUUGUUGCCCUCACUUGGCUAAUAACACAAACAUCAAAGCUGAGCUGCCAAAACCGAUUAAUUGAUAUGCAAUUAUGAGCACUUUUUUGAUUAUUUAUAUACAAGUAUAUAUUAUUAGUAACUCAAGCUGGACUUUUUAUAUAGGCAUUUAUCAUUCAAUCUGCUUUGUUAGCUUUACUUUAACGUUGCUUUUUGAAAUUUUAUCACAGUUUAUUGUAACUUAUUAUGUAAUAGCCAGCAAAAAUCCAUAUUCUAUGUGGACAAGCUUUCUGCAAGGAGCAGCCAAAGGGGUAUUUUUAUUUUUAUUUUUAGCUAUCUCUACUAUAAGCAGCACUUUAGGUUUUGAAGAAAUUAUUCUGAAUUUAGCUUAUUUGCUUAUAGUGUGCUGGGGAGUGUUUUUAACCUUAGGAAGCUUAGGCGUUUUAAGUUCAUUUUUCAUAUAUCAGCAUUUAAUGUCAAAAAUCAAACUUACAGUUUAA